AACGCAGACCCCCAGCGCCGGGCUAAUGGAGGCAACUUAGACAGGAGCAGGCGCGGCCCCUCGUCUCUCGGCGCUGCCCGCUCCCCCCGCACCGGGCGCGGCGCUCCCCGCCGAGCCGCAGCCCGAGCGCCGCCGGGCCCCCGGGACUCCCCGGCCGCUCGCGCUGCCCCGAUGAUGUUACCGAGCCCCGUCACUUCCACCCCGUUCUCUGUCAAAGACAUCCUCAACCUGGAGCAGCAGCAGCAGGACCCGCACUAUGGGGCCCAGCUCCCGCACCACCUGGAGCACCACUUUCACCCCGCCGCCUGCCUGCUGGCGGCCGGCGACGGCGCCCGUUUCUCCGACGGCGAGGAGGAAGAGGAGGAGGAGAAGCUGUCCUACCUGAGCUCCGUGGCAACGCCCGGAGGCCAGGCGGACGCGCGGCUCUCCGCCGACAGCUACGUGCACGCCGUGCUGCGCGGCUCCUGCGAGGCUCCCGGCCCGGGAGAAGAUCUGGACCCCACGGCCCGCGACCCGAAGAGCUGCGCUCUGAAGAAACCACUGGACGCCGCGGAGAAGCCGGAGGAAGCGGAGCGGCCGAAGCAGCGGAGUCGGAGGAAGCCGCGCGUUCUCUUCUCGCAGGCGCAGGUCUUCGAACUGGAGCGGCGGUUCAAGCAGCAGCGUUACCUGUCGGCUCCCGAGCGGGAGCACCUGGCCAGCAGCCUGAAGCUCACCUCCACGCAGGUGAAGAUCUGGUUCCAGAACCGGCGCUACAAGUGCAAGCGGCAGCGGCAGGACAAGUCGCUGGAGCUGGGCGGCCCCGCGGCCCCGCCGCCGCCGCGCAGGGUGGCCGUGCCCGUGCUGGUCCGCGACGGCAAGCCGUGCCUGGGCGGCUCGCAGGGCUACAGCUCGGCGUACAACGGGCCCUACUCCUACAACGGCUUCCCCGCCUACGGUUACGGCAACGCCGCCUCCUACAACCCCGGCUACGGCUGCACCUACCCGGCAGGCAGCGGCGGGGCCUCGGUGCAAGCCGCCUGCAGCCCGGCGGCGGCCGCCGGUCCCUUCGUUAACGUGGGCGGCCUGGGAGGCUUCGGCGGCGGCGGGCAGGCGCUGCACCAGGCGGCGGCGGGGCCCUCCUGCAGCCAAGGCGCACUGCAGGGCAUCCGGGCCUGGUAGCCCGCACGCACUCAGGGCCGGGAGCGGACCGGCACGACGGCCCCGCAGCCCCGCAGCGCGCUUAAGCCCCGCGGACUGAAGGCGGAGGGGCGGCGCGGCGGGACCCCGGCUCUCUCCCGGAGCCGCGGGGCGGAGCGGAGCGGCGGAACGGAACGGGACUGGACGGGACAGGACGGGCCGAGCCCGCGGCGGAGCGCCGCCGCCCCGAGGUGCCGCCGCGACGGGCGGGCCGGAGCUGACCGCGCCGCGCCAUCGGAGCAGCUUCGCUUGUAAAAAGCCGACGGCGGGGCCUGGGGCUCCCGCGGCCCUUCUCUCUAUCUACUCUGUAUCUGUUUCUGCCAGCGCCAGCUCGCGGAGUCAGUCAAUAAACCAGGUGCAAUAUC